UCCAACAAUUUCAGGUGCCUCCCACUUUCCUUCUCUUUCUCUGCUCUUCUUAUUUUACCUCACCCACCACACUCUGCGUCUGUCCGCCACAUCAAAACCAAAAGUCUCCUCCUUUUUCUUUCCUCUCUAUCCAAAAAAAGAAAGAAAAGAAAAUCCACAAACAAUGGAUUCAACCAGCUUCUGCCACCAACGAUCGCCGUCGUCGGAUCGCUUCCUCGGCUUCUUCUCAUUCUCGCCGCCUUCCUCCGCCGCCGCAGGCGAGGAGCUCAACGAGGCCGAGGUCUUCUGGACCACCGACUUCACCGAGCCCAGCGACGCGCAGAACCCCCGGCUCAGUCUGACGCGCCGGGUCAACUCCGGCAUACUCGCGGUCCUCCCGGAGCCAGGUCUCCCGGCUCCGGUCCUGUACCGGAAGCCCGCGCUCUCUUCAUCAUCGUCGUCGAAGCCCAUACCUUCAAUUCCGAGAUUUUCUCAGUCUCAGUCGCAGUCGCAGUCCGUGCCGACUUCGAGAAAGUUCCAGAGCUCGGCUCCGAUGAAGGUUCCCAUGCUGUCCAGGGUGGUGGAGAAGCAUCGGAGAAACGACGACCUUGCUGAUGUCGUAGACGAUGAUGACGACGGAGACGACGAGAUGCUGCCGCCGCACGAGCUGGUGGCGAGGGGGUCGGGGCUGUCGGCGAGGACCACGUUCUCGGUGCUGGAAGGCGUUGGGAGGACGCUCAAAGGUAGGGACUUGCGUCAGGUCAGGAAUGCCAUAUGGCGCAAGACUGGGUUUCUUGAUUGAGAUUUCAAGCUUUGUUUUUUUGUUGGUUGAUCAAGAAUUCUGGUGGCUUUUAUUAUUAAUGCGCCAAGAAAUUGGGGGUAGUUUUUGUUUAGUGCCCCCAUUGUUGUUUUGAUUUGCUGAUUCUAGAUAGCUAAGUAAAGUUCUAUGUCUGUCUGCUUCUUGCUCAUGUUUCUAAUAA